AUGGGAGGCCCGCCGCUGCUUUUCGGCAUGCUGUGCUUCCUUGGUGUCAUGACCAUCGGAGCGAGCGCGGGGAAAGCGGCGUGCCACGAUCCGUUCUUCGGCCAGUGUUAUGGAAUCCUCCACACUUGUCCGGCCGCUUGUCCUAGACUCUGUGAAGUAGAUUGCAGACUUUGUAAACCUUACUGCGCUUGUGAUAGGCCAGGGGCUGUCUGCCAAGAUCCACGAUUCAUCGGAGGUGAUGGGGUCAUGUUCUACUUUCACGGCAAGAAGGACAAAGACUUCUGCUUGGUUUCUGAUCCUAGCAUUCACAUCAAUGCCCAUUUCAUUGGCAAGAGUAGCAGCAGGGAAGGGACUUCACCUGGGUUGAGUCUGUCGGCAUCUUGUUUGGGUCCCAUAAGCUUUAUAUCGGGGCACGGCGAGUUUCAAAGUGGGAAGAGCUGGCGAACAAUAUGCUGA